CGAGAGCGAGAGCGAGGCAGCUGGUAGACUGUUUCCGCUCAGCUAAAAUAAAGAGCUGGCGAGUCGAGGACGAGGAGCGACGGAGCCGUACUGACGGAGAUAGACGACGAAAACAGUCUCUUUUUGGUAUUAUUUUUGUCACAUUCUGCCUUGGGUGUCUUCGUUCACACAACCGUUAAUGUCUCGGAUGUGAACUAGAGAGAGGAGGGCUCGCUGCUGGUAACCUUUACGUUGGUUAAGCCGUAGAGGACUCUCGCUGGUCGCCGGAGGAAAAGAUGUGCGAUGGAAUGGUAGCGUUUCAGACGAGAGCCCUUUCCUCCUCCUCUUCCUCCACCUCCUCCUCUCUAGCCCACAGGCUGGCUGCCUCUGCGCUUCUCCUCCUCUUCACCCUGCUCCCUCAUGGUCACGCAUCAGGUUGUGCGCGGCCACCCGGCGUGCAGCACGGAGACCUGCUGAACCAGACCGAGGCUAACAGGGGCUCCUUUCCCCCAGGCACCCUGCUGACCUAUGGCUGUGAGCCUGGCUACACUGCAGAUGGACCCACCACCAUUAUUUGUACUAGUUCUGGAGCCUGGUCUCAACAACCUCCACGCUGUAUCAGAAGCAAUGUGUGUUCGCCCCCCACUGAACCAGAGAACGGGGGCUACCGCUGUCACCCCUCCCCUUGCCACCGCCUCACCCAAAAGACCGUCAUUGAGUACUUCUGUGACGAGGGCUACGCUCUGAAGGGAGACUACAAGUUCCUCACCUGCCAGAACGGCGAGUGGGACGCUCCGAUGCAGAUCAGCUGUCGACUCACCCAAGACAAGGAGCCAAGCUCUCCGCUGGGCAUACCAGCUCUGUCUAUUGUGGCGUCCACAGCUAGCUCUGUGGCACUCAUCCUGCUUUUAGUGGUGCUGUUUGUUCUUGUACAGCCAAAACUCAAGUCCUUCCAUCACAACAGGAGGGAGCAGGGAGUCUCAGGUCAGUCCAGCUCCAUCAUGGUUGAGGGCGUCCAGGUGACUCUGCCCUCGUACGAAGAGGCUGUGUACGGAAGCGGCGGACCCUGCGGCGCUUCACGUCCUCCUUCUCCUCCACCGCCUCCUCCAGCUCCUCCAGAGUCUCGAGUCCCGAUCGUGCUCUCUGAGGGGCUUCCUCAGGGGGCCACAGGAGGCCAAGGCCCCAGCAGAACCCGCCACCACAGAGACUUAGACUUCUGUCUCCCAUCCACUUCCUCCUCAUCAUCCUACUCCUCCCGCCGUCAUGCAGAGACGGUGCUGGUUCAUCAGGCCCCCUCUUCCUCCUCCUCCUCCUCCUCAUCAUCAUCAUGGGCCAGAGAGCACCCUGGGGGUGCAUGCGCAGCCCCCUUACCGCUCCGUAGAGACUCUGAGAGCAGCGACCAGCACAGUCUGCUCUCCGUCACCUCUACGGAUGACUUUUCUGAUGAUAUUCCCCUGCUGAAGGAAGCAUGAAGCCUGCCAACCUGCUAUCAGCAUCAGCAGCAGAGCCCCUAUUUCCCUAUCACUCACUGCUGACCAGGACUGACUGAGGCUGUCAACCCACUUCCCCCGACUCCCCUCAGCAGCCAGCAGAGAAAAAGACUAGAACUAUGCCCAUUCCCCAUGCAACCUCUUCUGCCAUUGCUACCCAUGCAGAGCAAAGCCAACGACCAAUACCCACUGCACCAUAAGCAAUGAUGGAGCACCGCUGGACCCAGCGACUGGAUCAAACGAAAGACAAGCCAGAUAAACAAAGUGGUGCCAGCUCAACAUAAAUCCCGUAGAUCCUAUGUAUAUGAGUAAAACAUACAUACUGAGUCAAGGUUGUGUGCUAUAGGCUAUGUAUUACCAUACACUUGCCUCCUCCCAGGUGUAGUUCUCUAUAUUAACAUUGCUCACAGAGGCUUCAUUGGAGAAGGCUAAAGCAAUUGUUGACUGUUGGGAUUACUGUGGAUAUAAAAAAAAAAAAACCUUGUGAUGUUUUUCGCUCCUGACACCAUGGCGUUCAGAAUCAGAAUGGUCUUCCCGCUGUACUUGAAAAGUUGUGAGUGAUGGCUAGGUUUUGCGGCCCUCUUUGUGAAUGCUGCAUGUUGUUUUUAGUUAUUGUUGUCAGAGCACGGUGGCCCACUUUGAAUGAAGCAUGAAGUCUCUUCUCUCUCUCUCUCUCUCUCGCUAGCUAUCUGUGUAUCCAGUUGGCAUCUCGAAUAUGGAUUAGUGGGAUUGAGAACCUCUUCACAAGAGCUGAAAGCAGGGUGCAGCAUUUUACAUAGCACCAUAUCACAACUAUAAAAAAAAAGAACUUUGUUUUCUGUUGUACCCGCUAUCUGGAAGGUGCUUCUGUCACAUGAGUGGGCUUGAUUGGUGUUUUGGUUCCAAGAGGCAUCUUGAAACUGUGCUACAUCUCACCUGUGUAAGGGGAGGGAGACAUAAUGUCGCAGUUAGAAGCUGAGGAGGGGGUUGUCUUUCAACAGGGUGAUUGGACACAUGACUAAACUUUAAGGUGGUUUGUGUUGAAUUUUCUUCCCACUGUAUUUAUUGUUUGGUGUGUGUGGCUCUAUUUGCUUUGAGUUGUUGAAUCUGGGGUUUACGAGUGCAUAUAUGUGUGUGUGUGUGUGUGUGUGUGUGUGUGUGUGUGUAUGCGUGCUUGUCUGCAUCUUUGUGUGUCAGCUAGACAGGAGGCGACAUGUCCUCAUAUGGUAGGCCUCGAUACAGCCAUUUCCUGAUUUGCCUCUCUUCAGAUCAGAGGCUAGCUUCACAAUGUCCCUGUCUUUCACCAUAGGAAAAUAUCCCUCCCAGCGCUGAAUAAGUCACAUGAAUAAACCAGCGUCACUUCAGGCAAUGAGUCCAGUACACAAUGUGUGUAUUAUUCAUCUACUCUCAAACUAGAAUAUUUAUCAUUUUUCUGCUGAAUGGCUGUAAAACACAAGUCUCCUUAGAGGAACCGCUUUGCGCCCACCUUCACACUCAACCGAAGACUCCACUUUUUGUGAAUUGUUGACACAACUGCAACUGGUUGCAGUGAAAUAAUAAAAGUUUUGUUAUAUAGCACCCCACCCCCGCCACAUACACUCACUCAACUCACUCACUCAACUCACUCACCGUUUCGAUGCCAAGUGCAAAAUUAAAAGAGAAUCAUGUUAUAAGUCUUCCUCUGUUUUCAUUGCCACUUGAAAAGCUUUGGUGGUUGAGCUGGUCACCCUGGAAACAGCAUGACUCUGAUGGAUCCCAAGAAUUACUUUUCAAGCCUAACUGUUUAGAAAAAAAAUCCCCAUCUGAAUUUCUGUUCUCUUAUUUGGCAUUUGCGGCUGUCUACUUUAUUAAUGCAAACAGAAUGUUGCCUUAGACAUGUACAUUUCUUUUUUUUUUUUUUUUGGGAUGUAUAAUCUUAAGCCUCUGCGUUGGUUGCUUUACAAUAUUGCAACGUGUUCUGUUUUCCCAAUGGCCUUACUCUGUUCUUUUCUAUUCUAUGCAUAAAACUGUCUUUGUGUAUUUAUCAACGAGUUUAAUUUUGUUGUGGACACGACUAAAAGAAUGUCCAUCCUUCUCUGUUCUCCCCUAGCUUUUCCAGCUACUGUGAUGAUGAUGAUGACGACGAUGAUGAACCUAUAAGCACCUAUAUUUCACUAUUCCUUUGCUUCCCUUUUGCUACAAGGCAUUAAAAUGUUAUGGGAUUAAACAAAAAGAAAAAAAAACUAAAUUAACAUUGCGUUCAGAAGCACUGUUGUACGGUGUUGCUUCCCUGAAAAUAACAGGUUAAAAAAAGUACACAUCUUGAUUCUUAGUUUCAGUGCUUUCAGCUUCGGUUUUUCCUCUGUACAUGGCAGUGGGUGUGAAAAUAGUAAUUUAAUAUUUGUAUAAAGUUUAAUUUAAUUUUACAGUGUGUAUAUAACUUUCUAAUUAAAGCUUUCUUUUGAAUGUG